GCGGCCGGCGAGGGGAGGGCCCGGGCGAGGUCGCGGUGUGGAGGGGCGGGGGACUUGGCGGGGAGCCCAGCGCGGGUCUGCGUCUCGAGAGAGGCCGAGGGGAUCCAGCAGUGGAGUGCAAGCACCAGACACCCCAGCAAUGACCAGUUCCCCCGUCUCCAGAGUUGUCUACAACGGCAAGAGGAACAGUAGCCCCCGCUCUCCCCCCAGCAGCAGCGAGAUCUUCACCCCUGCCCACGAAGAGAAUGUGCGCUUCAUUUAUGAAGCCUGGCAGGGCGUGGAGCGAGACCUGCGGAGCCAGAUGUCAGGCAGUGAGCGGGGCCUGGUGGAGGAGUACGUGGAGAAGGUCCCCAACCCCAGCCUGAAGACCUUCAAGCCCAUCGACCUGAGCGACCUGAAGCGCCGGAACACACAGGACAUCAAGAAGUCCUAAAGCGCGCUGUGCCCUUCCCCGGGCCUCUGGGAGAUCGGAGUGUAGCUUGAUGUUGGUCUCCUCGUCUCCUGUGGGCCCAGCUCCUGGGAGGGGGAGGGGGCGGUGCUCCCAGUGGGCCACAAACCCCAGAACCAGGACGGUGUGAUUGAUGGCCGAGGCCUGCCCCUUCUCCUCGAGCCCCCUCCUUUCCUCUUGGGGGAAUCUCAGGCUGCCCCCUGUCAUUGGGAGGAUCUGGGCCCUGCCAGCCCUUGCCCACCCCCAGGCCUAGCUGCAUCUUUGGAGCCACACAGCCCUGCCUGCCCCCCAGGGCCUUGACCCUGACUCUCCUUCCUUGCCAUCACCUUCCACUGCCCCCACCCUCCUAUUCCUGACCACUUCCAGGGUCAGGAGGGAGAACAGGGAGCCUCUCUUGUCUCCUGGGCCAGUGAGACUGGGCCGAGUUUAUCCCAAGGUGGCCAGGAGGCAGGACAGGGGUGGCGCCACCUCCCCACUGACCCCG